AUGCAGGCCUACCUGAGGAAAAUGAUAAAUUCCACUUUUUCAGAAACAUCAACAACAUGCACCAAAAAAAUCAAUACCGUCAAGCUGAUCUUUCGAGGAAUGAAUAGAAGUCUGUCUUUUAUUAUGGAAGGUGAUGUGAGACUAACUGAAAUCGCAAGAGUCUUUUCAUCUGCUGUUGGACUGCCCAUGGAUCAAAUCAAGUUCAGCUUCAAAGGCUCAUCACUAUGCUUAGAUACCACCCCUCAACUUUCAGAACUUCAUGAUCUAGAUGUCAUUGACGUUUCUUAUGAAUCUUUAGCCCCAGUGAGCCAAGAUUUGAUUUUAGCACUUGAUUAUAAAUUGAACCAAGCUAGAAAGAGAUCAAAACUUGCUGUAUUUAUUUAUUCACUUAAGUCUGAAUGGAUCGUGGUACUUGGUAUAGAUGGAAGUGAAACAGUUGAAGAUAUUACAACGAAAUACAGAAACAUUACUGGAGACUCUUCAGAGGCUAUAAGGAAAAUUGGUAAAGAUGUUUUAAGUGAAGGAAACUUAGCUUGUUACAAGUCAAAGGUGCAGGACCUUGGGAUCUACAAUGGUAUUUUAAUUGAGUUUGGAAAAGAAGCAGGAAAAGAUCAGUUUAAUGAGAUAAUGGAUGUUGAUGUUGCAAAUUCAGUCCCUUCUAACUCUGAUGUUGACCAACAAACUGAAGUGAACGGAACACUCAACAAAGAAUUAAAUGACGAUCAGGAUAAAAUCCAAAGUCCCUCAAUCAGUCAACAUCGCUCAGAGAGCGACGCACUACACACAGACAUUAUCAUUGAUGAUUUAAAAGUCAAAGAAAUAAGUACAGAGGUUAAUGAAAGUAAAUCACCAUCUGUGAUCGAGGGAACACCGAUUGAUGAAUCUUUGGGACAAGAACUUGCAACUGAGGUUAUUGAAAAUAGUAAUGAAGAACAGGAUGCUGAUGGUGAUAUUUUAAUGGAAGGCACAGCAGGGCAUGAUCUUCUGGCUGCUCAAAACUAUUCACGUUCUGGAAGUUUUAGACAAGCUACAGAGAAGGUGUCUGAUUCCACAAUUCCGUCAAGUGAACAAAGAUUAUUGGAAUCAACAAGCCAUUCAAAGGAUAGCUCCAAAGAAAUUGCACAAUCUCCUCAGAUAAAGGAGACUCUAAAAUUUCAGCAAUGUAAACCUUCUGAUACAAGUGAGGUUGAUGAAACUACUGAACUUCCACCUGGCAACCAACAAACAGCUACAGAACACCUAGAUGCACCUUCAGCAUUACUUUCUCAAGGAUCCCCAGAUACUUAUUUACCUUCAAGUAUAACAAACAAUGGAUCCACCCAAAUUCCCGUUAUUGAUGUUGAUGAUCCUAUUUGUUACAAGUUCCAUUUUUCAGGAUCAAAAGAUCUAGAUAUCUCAAUUUACGAAGACCAAACAUUUGAGAGCUUUUUCAAACAAUUUAAGGCAAUCUCAACAGAUAAUCAGAAAGAUUUAUCUUUCAGGUUCAUGAAUAGAUUGGUCAACCCAAAAGAUACCCCGUUGAUGAUCGGAGCAUUGCCUGAUACAACAAACACCAUCGAAGUUAUCAGGACAGAGGCUGAAGAGGUUACAUUCGUUCUUCAAGAUAAGGAAAGAAAAUAUAGCAAUGUGUAUUUCAAAGCAAAGGUAAAGAGAAAAUUCAAGAAAGCUUUUGGUGUUUAUGCUACAAAGAAUGGUUUAAGACCUGAGAAAUUAGAAUUUAAGAUAAACGGGAGAAAAGUUCGAAAGAGUGACACUCCGGAAGCUCUUGGAAUAGAGAAUGGGUCAAUUGUGGAAAUAGACAUACUUCCAUAG